UAGCAACGGGGCGGUGGCCGGGCGGGUACCCGGCCUAGAGCGCGGAGGAAGCUGCGAGGCCGCAGCCCACCGACCCCGGGCUCCGGAGAGGUGCAGCUCCCGGCCCCCAAGCCCUCCCGGGGGCGCCAGGAAGCCGCCUGUCCCCAGGAAAACGUGGUCUCAGCUGUGGGGGGUCUCGAGCUGGCCUCGACCCCUCUCUCUGACACGAGAAGAGGCCCGGCGCCUCACCCUCGCCCGGUCUUUGUGUAGGGCGCCGGCGGCCAUUGUGUCCGUGCGGGGAAUGGAGGACCCGGCAAUCCCGCACCGCCACCGCCAAGUCCAGGGCCUUUGGGGAAUUCAGAGAAAACCAGCGGCGUUUCUGGGGGGUCCCCGGCUUUCAGCCUCCCAGAAAGGCCCGGGGAUGGCCUUUCCAAAGUCAGAGCGCAGAUCCGAGGCAGUUUUUCCCUCUCUCCGCCCCUCAUCGAAACCUUGAGCCCCAUUGAGAAGUCCCUUCAGGGUUUCUUCGGAAACCUCACCUUGGGCUGGUACUUAAAUAGAAAAAAACAAAAACUAAACCUCACACCAGCCAUCUCCGAGAGAGUUCUCCUGGCUCCCAGUAGGAGGCGGAGAGCCAAGGGGCGUGCAAGAGCGAGGGGGCUGGGCUCCCGGGUGGCAGGAGGCCGCGGCUGCUGAGCGGCCGCCCUCGAUCUGGGCGAUGGAGGAGGAAGCAAGCGAGGGGGCCGGUUCUUGAGCUUCGUAAUUCCUGUGUCGCCUUCUGAGCUCUCAGUCUGCCGGGUCGCAUGAUCCCUCCAGCCGGAGCUGCUUUUUUUGCCAGCCGCCGCGAGGCCGGUUGAGUUACCGGCAUCCCGGCUACCACCUCCUAGCCCGACCUAUGAUACAAAAGAUUUUCCGGGGGCUGCACCUGCCUGCCGUUGCCCGAGACAUUUGAAUAACCUUAUCUUGGCUUUGGAUCUCAGAAGAGAACCACUAAGCAGAGACCAGACUCAGUGAGUGAGCAGGUGUUUUGGACAAUGGACUGGUGGAGCCCAUCCCUAUUAUAAAAAUGUCUCAGAGCAAUCGGGAGCUGGUGGUUGACUUUCUUUCCUACAAGCUUUCCCAGAAAGGAUACAGCUGGAGUCAGUUUAGCGAUGUGGACGAGAACAGAACUGAGGCCCCAGAAGGGACUGAAUCAGACAUGGAAACCCCCAGUGCCAUCAAUGGCAACCCAUCCUGGCACCUGGCAGACAGCCCUGCGGUGAAUGGAGCCACUGGCCACAGCAGCAGCUUGGAUGCCCGGGAGGUGAUCCCCAUGGCAGCGGUGAAGCAAGCGCUGAGGGAGGCAGGCGAUGAGUUUGAACUGAGGUACCGGCGGGCAUUCAGCGACCUGACAUCCCAGCUCCACAUCACCCCAGGGACGGCAUAUCAGAGCUUUGAGCAGGUAGUGAACGAACUCUUCCGGGAUGGGGUGAACUGGGGUCGCAUUGUGGCCUUUUUCUCCUUCGGUGGGGCACUGUGCGUGGAAAGCGUAGACAAGGAGAUGCAGGUAUUGGUGAGUCGGAUUGCAGCUUGGAUGGCCACUUACCUGAAUGACCACCUAGAGCCUUGGAUCCAGGAGAACGGCGGCUGGAGGGGCCAGUGCAGCAGGGAGGAGUCCCCCCAACCCUUUCGGGACCCAGCCAACUUUGUUUCAAAGAGAGCCUUUUGGGAGCUUCCCUGGUGGCACAGUGGUUAAGAAUCCACCUGCCAAUGCAGGGGACACAGGUUCGAACCCUGGUCCAGGAAGAUCCCACAUGCUGCAGAGCAACUAAGCUGGUGCACCACAACUACUGAGCCCGCACGCCUAGAGCCUGUGUCCCACAACAAGAGAAGCCACCGCAAUGAGAAGCCUGCGCACCGCAACGAAGAGUAGCCCACGCUCGCUGCUACUAGAGAAAGCCCACGUGCACCAACAAAGACCCAAUGCAGCCAAAAAUAAAUAAAUAAAUAAACUAAUUUAAAUAAAAAAGAGAGCCUUUUUUCCAGAUUUAUUAAUUGAGAUAUCUCCAUUUGAAGACCCAGUUCUAUCCUUGAAAUACUUCCAGUUGAAUUAGAAAAGACGUAAUGCACAUGAAAAGAGAUCUUGUGAAAGCCAACAAUAAAUGCUAAAUGCCAAAUAAGAGCAGCACUUCAAAGGAGAGGUGACUUUUGUGCUGGGACUUACCGUAGAGUGAGGGAAAAGAGGAGCUGGUGCUCCAUGUGAGCUAAGUUGUGCAGGCUGGCAUGGACUCUCAAGAAGAGACAGAUAGGAGUGGUAGUCCAUUUUGGAGUGUGUGUGAAAGGGUCACUUAUUAGGUGAUAAAGCCAGAAAGGUCAGCUGGAGCCAGAUUUGUGGGAGCCUCAAGUGCCAGGGAGAGAGUCCGAGGCCCUCUUCGGCAGUCCUGGUAUCCCAAUAUAUAUAUCCCAUUGCCAGGUACAGAUGCCCAUCCUGGCCACCUUCUGGUCCACUGAUUCCCAGGUAGCAAUGCCAGCACCUGGCAUGAGAGCCAGGACCUAGAACUGACAGUGAGCAGAGGAGUAAGUGUGGGGUCCUUGUCAGUUUCGCCGGUGGCUGUCCCAGGUGCAUUCAUUCAUUUGUUGAUUCAGCAGAUGUUUAUUGAGCACCACCACAUGCCAGGCACUGUGCUGAGUGCUGGGGGUGCUGUGAUGAACUAGACAGUCAAGGACACUGCUUUCACAUAUGUGAGCUGGGGAGGCAGCUAGCCUGAGAAACAAGAUGAUUUCAGAUAGAGGGUUAAAUAAUUUAAAGAAAAUGAAACUGAGUAAUGCAGUAUCUAGGGAACCAACUUUAUACGAGGAGAUCAAGAAGGCCUCUCUGAGGAGAUGACUUUUGACCUGAGAGUAGAUUAAGGAGCAAGCCGGCCUGGGAAGAUUUGAAGCAAAGAUUUUGCAAACAGAAAAGCAAGGCAGAUUGAACUUGGCUCGUCCAGACUUUGGGCCCACGCAGAUACUCGGCUCUGACACUGGUGGGCCCACUGUGGGCCUUGCUUCCCCUUUGUGUUAUGGGUCUUUCACUCCUCCCUCCCAGGGAUCCAAAGGGAGUUACGGCGACUACCACUUACUGAGCACCUUUCCCAAAUCAGGCACUCUACAUCCAUUUUCUCGUUUAUUCUCCCACCCAGCCUGUGUGAUGAGUAGGCUGUCGGCUCCAGUUUCUUUUCAUGAGGAAAUUGAGAUUGAGAGAAAUGAAGUUCCAUGCCUAGGGUCCUGCAGCUUGGACACACUGGAUCCUGAAUUCAGACCGACAUUGGUCUGGCUCCAAAAGCCAGGCUUUUUUCCAGUGCUCCACCCUCAAAUAAGCGAAGCAUUGUUAGUUCAGGAUGUGCAGAAAGCUGCUGAGCAAAAGGAGAGUUAGGGCAGCAUCUUGGAAUGAGGGUCUUGAAGGACACCUACUGUCCUCUCAUCUGAUAGGACUCUUUUUGCUAAACUUCAGGAGGAUGCUCCCAGAGCCCGAGGUUACUAUUGGCCUUUUCCAGAGGCAUGUUCGGGCUUAGCCAGCUGAGUAUCCCCCAGUUUCCUGCUUUUACCAUCUCAGCUGCUGGUCAGGAGGUUUAGGAAGGUGACAUCAUCUAGCUGAAUCAGCUGCUGCUUCUAGACACAUUAACGGGAACUGAAAGUCAUUGCCCCUUCCUUCCUGCUCUGCAAGUCUCUUCAGAACGAGGCUGGGGUACAGACAUUCCACCUGUCUGCAGGGUCUUAGCUGGAACAGUGCUCCCCACUUUUAAGGAACUAGAAGGUGCAUUCUCCUGGACAAAGGUGUCCUCAAGGCUUCUCAAGCUAAAAGGAACAGUACCCUUGAGGGGUAGGAUUCACAGGAGGGCCUCCAUCCCUCUCCUCCACCUUCAUUUAUCCCUGUGACUUUGACGAGAAUUCCUGACCCUUCUGAUCUCCUUUGCCCAAGUCCAAGGCUCAGCUCCAGCACUGUAGGAUGGGCAAACAAAUGUUAUUUGUGGACUUUGACCUUAAGGCAUGUAGAGUCGGGUCAAGGGGACAAAAAGACAGCUUAUAUUUUAGAGCAGAGCAUCCACCACACUAUGAUCUAUUGGAUAUCCUCCCUUGACCCAAUGACUGAAAAGGAAAAAAAUAAAGAAAAAGAAAAGUAAUAAGAUGGCUCAGGGCCAGGUGACUAGGACAAUAGACAGCUUACUUGCUCUGUGACUUUGCCUCUCUCAGCUUCACUGUUUUCAUGUGUAAAAUGGAAGUCACCAAGGUAUGUGGCUCCUUUGAUCAUUGGAAUAUUACACAGCACAUGUACAGCAUUCAGCAGUGCAUGCAGCACCCAGGGAGUACUCAGUGAAUGGUAGCCCUGUAGAUAGGUUCUCAAAAGAAGGCCAUUGAGUAAGGGGAACUGGGCUUUGGAGUCUGGAUAGGCUGUGGAUGGAUGCUGGCUGGAAGCAGACUAUUCAGAUGAGAAGAGGACAGACUUUGGAUGCUGACAGUCUGCUGUGGAGUCGUGACAGGUGACUUUACCUCUUAGAGCCUCUGUUUUCUUCUCUGUAAAACUUGGGUACUGCUAGAACCUGCUUCACAGGACUGUUGAGGGGGUUAGUGAGGUGCUAUCUUGAUAAUGGAAGCUGCUGAGGGAGUCCCCAGCAUGUGCUGUUGUUGUUUCUCAUUUGGCAGGAGAACUAGCCUGGUUAACGGCUAGAAGUGGGGGGACUUCUCUGGUGGUCCAGUGGUUAAGAAUCUGCCUUCCAAUGAAGGGCACGCGGGUUUGAUCCCUGGUCGGGGAACUAAGAUCCCACAUGCUGCAGGACAGCUAAGCCUGCGCACCACAACUACUGAGCCCGCACACCACAACGAAAGAUCCCGCAUGCCAUGCCACAACUAAGACCCAGCGCAGCCAAAAUUUUAAAAGUUUAAACAAAAAAAAAAAAAAAGCUAGAAGUGGGAUGUGAGAGGGCAGAGCUAUUUUUUUUUUAAACAUCUUUAUUGGAGUGUAAUUGCUUUACAAUGUUGUGUUAGUUUCUGCUGUAUAACAAAGUAAAUCAGCUAUACGUAUGCAUAUAUCCACAUAUCCCCUCCCUCUUGCAUCUCCCUCCCACCCUCCCUAUCCCACCCCUCUAGGUCGUCCUAGAGCACCUAGCACCCAAAGCACCGAGCUGAUCGCCCCCGUGCUGUGCGGCUGUUUCCCACUAGCUAUCUGUUUUAUAUUUGGUGGUGUAUAUAUGUCAUUGCCACUCUCUCACUUCGUCCCAGCUUACCCUUUCCCCUCCCUAUGUCCUCAAGUGCAUUCUCUGCAUCUGCGUUCUUAUUCCUGUCCUGCCCCUAGGUUCUUCAGAACCAUUUUUCUUUUUUAGAUUCCAUAUAUAUGUAUUAGCAUACGGUAUUUGUUUUUCUCUUUCUGACUUACUUCACUCUGUAUGACAGACUCUAGGUCCAUCCACCUCACUACAAAUAACUCAAUUUCGUUUCUUUUUAUGUCUGAGUAAUAUUCCAUCGUAUAUAUGUGCCACAUCUUCUUUAUCCAUUCAUCUGUCGAUGGACACUUAGGUUGCUUCCAUGUCCUGGCUGUUGUAAAUACUGCUGCAGUGAACAUUGUGGUACAUGACUCUUUUUGAAUUAUGGUUUUCUCAGGGUAUAUGCCCAGUAGUGGGAUUGCUGGGUCGUAUGGUAGUUCUAUUUUUAGUUUUUUAAGGAACCUCCAUACUGUUAUCCAUAGUGGCUGUAUCAAUUUACAUUCCCACCAACAGUGCAAGAGGGUUUCCUUUGUCUCCACACCCUCUCCAGCAUUUAUUGUUUGUAGAUUUUUUGAUGAUGGCCAUUCUGACCAGUGUGAGGUGAUAGAUACCUCAUUGUAGUUUUGAUUUGCAUUUCUCUGAUGAUUAGUGAUGUUGAGCAUCCUUUCAUGUGUUUGUUGGCAAUCUGUAUAUCUUCUUUGGAGAAAUGUCUAUUUAGGUCUUCUGCCCAAUUUUGGAUUAGGUUGUUUGUUUUUUUGAUAUUGAGCUGCAUGAGCUGCUUGUAAAUAUUGGAGAUUAAUCCUUUGUCAGCUACUUCGUUAGCAAAUAUUUUCUCCCAUUCCAAGGGUUGUCUUUUAGUCUUGUGUAUGGUUUCCUUUGCUGUGCAAAAGCUUUUAAGUUUCACUAAGUCCCAUUUGUUUAUUUUUGUUUUUAUUUCCAUUUCUCUAGGAGGUGGGUCAAAAGGAUCUUGCUGUGAUUUAUGUCAUAGAGUGUUCUGCCUAUGUUUUCCUCUAAGAGUUUGAUAGUGUCUGGCCUUACAUUUAGGUCUUUAAUCCAUUUUGAGUUUAUUUUUGUGUACGGUGUUAGGGAGUGUUCUAAUUUCAUUCUUUUACAUGUAGCUGUCCAGUUUUCCCAGCACCACUUAUUGAAGAGGCUGUCUUUUUUCCACUGUAUAUUCUUACCUCCUUUAUCAAAGGUAUGGUGACCAUAUGUGCGUGGGUUUAUCUCUGGGCUUUCAAUCCGGUUCCAUUGAUCUAUAUUUCUGUUUUUGUGCCAGUACCAUCCUGUCUUGAUUACUGUAGCUUUGUAGUAUAGUCUGAAGUCAGGGUGCCUGAUUCCUCCAGCUCUGUUUUUCUUUCUCAAGAUUGCUUUGGCUGAGGGCAGAACUAUUGCUCAUUCCCUCUCUCACCUGGACAACUCUACAGCCACCUCCAUGCUUCUUCCCUUGCACACCGCCCCCCCCUCCCAAUCUGUUAGCCAUAUAGCAACCAGUGAUUCUUCUAAAGUAGAGGUCAGAUCCUGUCAUUCUUCAGUUCAGAACCCUCCAGUGACUCUUCAUUCAUGAGAAUAAAAACCAACGUGUAUACAGUGCAGGGACGGUCCCCUAGAAAUAAGUGUCCUAGGCUCAUUCCUAAUCAGAAGCAGCCCUGUUCCAGUACCUUUGUCCCUGUGUGUGUGUGCAUGUGUACAGGCACAAGUGGAUGACGCAGUGGUAAUGCUAUACAUCCAGGACAUUUCAUAAUAGGGAAGGAUGUUGACCACUGCUUUGGGGUACCAAAGGUCAUCUGGGCUGAGAAAGCUAAGGGCACUCAGGCAGGUCUUCCUCCCUUCUGAAUCUGAGUCAUUUCCUGAGAGAUGUUGGUCAUUCAUUUAUUUGUUCAUUAACAAAUAGUUAUUGAGUACCUGCCAUGUGUUAGACACUGAGCUAUAGGUUGGGUAUACAGUGUAAACUAACCAGAGUCCCUGUAUUCACUAUAUGAGCAAAGGUGGGAGCAAGAGACCAGUAAGAAGCUGGGCAGGUGAUGAUGGUGGUUUGUACGAGGGUAGAGAUGUGGCCAAAGUGGUGAGCAGUGGUCAGAGCAUAGAUACAAUUUGAAGGUCAGGGCCACUGGAUCUGCUAAUGAUUGGAUAAGGGGUAUGUGAGAGAAAAAGGAGUCCAGGUUUUUGGCCUGCGCAACAGGAAGGAACUUGCUGCCGUUUAAUGAGAAGGGGAAGACGUCACGGCCAGUAGUUUCCUGCGAGGGCUCCUGCAUGCAAGUCCUAGUUUGUUCACUCUUUGACUUUUUUUUUGGGCAAGUGUUUAAGUAUACCAAGCCAAGGUCUCCUUGAAUGUAAACCUGCUCUCUAGGCCAUAGGCAGUCUGGUGCUGUGAAAAUUAAAUGGAGGUAAUUUGUGUGAAGGGCUUUUAGGACAGUGCCUGGCAUGUAGUAGGUCUCUGAUCAUUACUAUUGUGGAAGACAGGGAAGCCCAAGACCAAGCAGGCAUCAGCUCCCACCCCACCUCCACCACCCUCUCAAGGAGGCAGCUCAGACACCAUCUGUCCAGCAGAGAAAAGCUGUAGGGAGACAGCUUUUGGGGGGCAUUAGAUAGAUGAGCCCUUCCCAAGAAACCUAAUCUCAUUCUCAGCAGGUGCUAAUCCCAGCAGCCUCCCUUGGUAUCUGAGCCCAGCCCACCCAGUUCCUUCCCCGCCUCCACGCUGAGUCCCAGACCCUCUUCCCACUUCUCACCAUCUCUAAGCUGCCACUAGCACACUUUCUUACCAGAUGGAGGGGCUCCUAAAGGAGGAGACUGCCAUCCAUCUGACUGGGCCCAGUCCCUUACAUGUGCAGGUCAUCAGGGGCUUCAGGUGCCACCUGUCCAGAGGGCCCUGCCCCCACAGGUGCCAGUUCCUGGGCGUGGUGCUUGAUCCAGGCAGAUCUAGGCUGGAGCCAGCUGGAGCCAGAGACUCCCACUGUGCCCCAGCUGCUGCCUGCCCUCCCACCCACAGGCUGAGAAACAGGCUUAACUCUUUGGACACCACACAUGUAGCCAGAGUUAGUGGUUGCAGUUCUGGCUCCCAGUAUGCACUGUUCCAGUAUAACUUUUUUUUUUUUUUUUAAGAAAUUUAUCAUAAAUACAACAGAGAAUAUCUUAUGUGUAUGUGAAGUUUCAAGACUAGGAAAAUAAUCACCUGUAAACUCAUAACUCAGUUUAUGAAUACCUUAGAGCCCCCUGUGUGUCCUCUCCAAUUACAGCCACACCCUACCCAUUCUCCUGAGAUUUGUGUCUGUCGUUCCCUUGCCUUUAAAAAAAUGUUUUAGUGUGUGUGUGUGUGUAUGCUUCUGCAUGCUUUUAAAUUUCAUUUAAAUAUCAUACUGUGUGUAUUCAUCUGCAGUUUUCUUUUUUUAUUGAACAUUGUGAGAUCCCUCGAUGUUAUGUGUAUAGUUGUAGUUCAUUCAUUUUCAUAUCCCUUUGUAUGAUUAUGUCUCAGAUUAUGCAUCCAUUCUACUGUCAGUGAUUAUUUGGGUUGUUCCCUUGUUUUUGCUAUUUCAAACAAUGUGGUUUUGAACAUUCUGUGUGUGUCUCCCUCGCAUGCACACGUUCAAGAGUCUCUCCUGGGCAGUGGUUCCGAGACUUCAGCUGCUUAUCAGAAUCACCUGGAGGGCUUGUUAAACCACAGAUUGCUGGGCUCCACCACCACAGUGCUUGAUUCUGUAUGUCUGGGGUUGGGGCCCUGAGAAUUUGCAUUUCUAACAACUUCCCAGGUGAUACCGCUACUGAGGGUCCAGGAACCACACUGUGGGAAACAUUGCUGUAGGGUAUAUACUCAGGAGUGGAAUUGCUUGAUGGAAGGUAAUGCCCAAAUGUUUCCCUAUGUGUUUGUAAGAAUUUAUGCUGGAAACAGCAGCAUUUGAAUUUCCAUUGCUUUACAUCUUAAUACUUGAUAUGGUCAGACUUUAAAAUUUUUAUAUAGCUGGUGGGUGUGAGAUGGUAUCUUGGGGUUUUAAUUUGCAUUUCUCAGUGGAGUUGAGAAUCUUUCCUUACAUCUGUUGACCGUGUUUCUUCUUUUGUAAAAUACCUGUAAAAGUCUUUGCUCUGUUUUCUUUUCAUAUGCCUUUUUCUUAUGGAUUUUUAGAAAUUCUUUAUGUAUUCUGAAUACUAAUCUUUUUUAUAUAUAAAUUUAUUUAUUUUGGGCUGUGUUGGGUCUUCGUUGCUGCACGUGGGCUUUCUCUAGUUGCGGCGAACAGGGGCUACACUUUGUUGCGGUUUGCGGGCAUCUCGUUGUGGUGGCUUCUCGUUUCGGAGCACGGGCUCUAGGCGCACAGGCUUCAGUAGUUGUGGUGCAUGGGCUCAGUAGUUGUGGCUCAUGGGCUCUAGAGUGCAGGCUCAGUGGUUGUGGCACACGGGCUUAGUUGCUCAGCGGCAUGUGGGAUCUUCCCGGACCAGGGAUCGAACUCGUAUCCCCUGCAUUGGCAGGCGGAUUCUUAACCACUGCGCCACCAGGGAAGUCCGUAUUCUGAAUACUAAUCUUUUGUCUGCACGUGUUAUGAAUAUAGGCUCGCAGUUUGCCUUUUCACUUUAUAUAUGAUGUCUUCUGAUAACUAGAAUUUCUUAAUUUUAAUGUAGUUGAAUCUUUUCUUCCAUGAUUUACACCCUUUAUGUUAUGUUGAAGAAAUACUUCCUUAAUCUGUAGUCCUAAAGACAUUUGUCUAUAUUUUCUUCUAAAAGUUUUAAAGUUUUACCUCUCACGUUUAAGUUCUUAAUAGAUCUGGAAUUGACUCUCGUGUCAUCUUAGUAUUUUUGUUGGUGGAAUACCCUUAUUUCGAUAGGUUUUAAACAUCUACAGAUCUGAAUUAUUUAUAACUUGAGUUGUACCUGGAGCUUAUUAUAUACACUGCAUUAAUAUUUCAUAUUGAACAAAGGUGCCCUCUUUGGGAAAGAGUUUUGAUCACAUUUAAACCCCUUCCAAGACUUUUGUUGGAUUUUUCAAAUUUAGAUAUGAUAAUGGUAUUGUGAUUAUGGAUUUUUUUUUCUCUUUUAGAAAUACAUGCUAAACUAUGUCUAGAAUUUGCUUCAGAAUAAUACAGAGAGGUGAGGGAGAGUUGAAACACAUGAAAUCAGAUUGAUACUGAGUUGAUAAUUGUUGAAGCUGAGUGACGGUGGUUCAUUUUAUCAUUCUGUCUACCUUUGUACAUGUUGAAAUAUUCUCAUAAUAAAAAGUUAAAAAUAUCCAAGGACUAUUUCCAGGGUUACUUAUGAGGUAAAGCAUCUUUUAUUAUAUUUUAUUAGCCAGGUAUAUAUCUUACAGAGCCAGCUGGGUCUCCAUUUACUUCCAGGAGUCCCUGAUAGAGUGUUUUUAGCAUGCAGGCAGAUUGUUAAGGAAAACGGAGGAGAAGGAGUAGUAGGGGCCUUAGGGGAAGAAAGGUGGGGCUUCCCUGGUGGCACAGUGGUUUAGAAUCCGCCUGCCAAUGCAGGGAACACGGGUUCAAGCCCUGGUCCGGGAAGAUCCCACAUGCCGCGGGGCAACUAAGCCACCCGCGUGCCACAACUACUGAGCCCAUGUGCCACAACUACUGAGCCUGCAUUGCCACAACUACUGAAGCCCGUGCGCCUAGAGCCCGUGCUCCACAACAAGAGAAGCCACCACAAUGAGAAGCCCGUGCGCUGCAACGAAUAGUAGCCCCUGCUCACUCACUGCAAUUAGAGAAAGCCCGAGCGCAGCAACUAAGACCCAACGCAGCCAAAAAUAAAUAAAUAAAAUUUAAAAAAAAAAGAUCCAAUGCCUUCUUUAAAAAAAAAAAGAAAGAAAGAAAGGUGGGAAGAGGGCUCCCUCCAGGACUAGGUUCCCUCCUUUCCCUUUUUUCUUCUGAGACUAUCAGGGAUAAUUUUUACUUUAACCUGAACCUUCUUUCCCUGUUACUCUACCUGGACAGACUUAACCCAGAGGAUAGAGGGACCUCAUCAUGGAUCCUGGUCCUCUCCUAGGGCCAAAGGAUCAGAGAUGUUGGCAACCCUAGUGCAGUUGGUCACACAGCAGUGAUGUUAUUUUGCUGUCACAGGAGGCAAAUACCAGAGUCGUCUUUUUUUUUUCUGAUAGUAUGAUAACUGGCCAAAGGGUCUGUCUUUGGGGAGUCCCAGCUGCUUCUCAUGGGAGAAUUAUUCUCUCUCUCCCUUCUCUCCUCUCUCAAACCACUCCCCCUUUAACUUUUUAUUAGUUUUCUUGGAAUAGAUAGUAUAUUCAUGGGGUUCAAAUUUUGAAAGGAAUAAAUGUCUCCCUCCCACUUUUUUCUCCUAGCCACCCAGUUCCCUUCCUGGGAGAAUGGACUCUGUAGACAUAAGCAAACACAUAUGUUUCCCCUGGUUUUUAUACAGAUGGUUGUGUGCUGUAAAUACUAUUUGGUACCUUGAUUUUCUCACUUAACAGUGUCUCUUAGAGAUCACUCUGUAUCAGUCCAUCAAGAGCUUUCUCAUUCUUAAUAGCUACGGAGUAUUCCAUACAUGGUACCGUCCUCUAUUUAACCAGUUUCCAGUGGUAAACACUUUUUUGCAGUCUUUUGCCAUUAGGAUACUCAAUGAAGAGCCCGAUAUAUUUGUCAUUUGGCCCAUGUAUGACUACAGGGUAUCUGUGGAGGAUAAAUCCCUAGAUGUGGAAUUGCAGGGUCAAAGGGCAUGUGCACUUGUGAUUUUGAUAGAUGUCACCAACCUGGGCUGGUAGCAGCAAGUGCCAGUUUACAGGAGCAUCUUUCCUCCCCUCACCCCUUCCACUGGGCAGGGUUUGAUUCAGCACAUUUAUUGAGUGCUUUCCAGUGCCAGGCUCUGGAUACAAAGAUAACACUUUCAUGUAUCAAGUGAAGUUGUGACUGUGUGCCAGACACAAGCAUGUUAUCUGGUAAUAAAGCCACCGAAGGAGGAAGGUUUUUAGAUGAGAAAAUUGAAGCUCAGGAAGUUUAAAUAGUGUGCUGUGGUCACUCACCCAAGCUAGUAAGUUGCGGAGCUGGGAUUUAAACCCAGGUUUGAAUCCUCUAACCCCUGUGCUCUGUGCUUUUAAAGAACACCCUGGCUGCCUCUUGGAAGGAGUAACACAUGGUCUUAGAGUCUAACACAGAUGAGGAAUCAGACUCACAGUAACUGGCCAAAAGAACACAUAGCCAGGAAGCUAUGGAGUCCCCAGGGGGGAACCACAUAUGUCUGAUCUGAGGCCUCUGGUCUGUACUGAGCUGCCUCCCUUCCUUCUAUAGAAAGAGUUUCCAAAUCUAAUCAGGAUUCUGUCAAGAGGACUUUCUCCAUCCAGAGCUCCAGUUGCUAUAGAGAGCCAUAAGUCGUACUGGUUCUUGGUGUGCAAUCUAUUUAUUGGCCAUCAGAGGGGCCCAUAGACAUAACCCCAUUUAUUGAGUACCUGUUAUGUGCAAGGUGCUAUAAGGUGCACUAAUGUCGUAUUUUUAACCCUCACAAUAAUCCUGCUUGGGAAACAUAUUAUUGUCCCCGUUGUCCAGAUUAGUGAACUGAGAGUAAGACAGGUCAAAUGCUAAUAAGGACAGAAUCCAAAUACAAUCUGUUAGACUCAGACACACUCACUCGCUCCCUCUGGUGUCCAUUGAUUUCCCUUGGCUCUCUCUGCCUCUUCCAUUUUUCUGUAUUGCUUGGUGCCCUCUCCAGAUGGUGAAUCUGGCUUCUCCACCUCACACUGACUGCUUUAGAGGAGAGGGCCUACAGCUUCCAUUUACCUCAUACUCCCCACCCCUGUGCCCACUAUUCAGCACAGGGUAGCAAAGAGUGUGCUGCAGUGUGAUGCCCGAGGAUUGGUUGGUGAUCAUUGGCGAUGGCCCCCACUGAUAUUACUUCAGAAAGAACCCAUCUCCCAAUGGUAUAACAGGUGCUCUUUGCACACCUGUCAUGUGCUCACUGCUCCCAUGGGAGAGAAGAGAUGUAUAAAGUACGGGCCUAGCUCUCAACAACUUAGGUCAUGAGACUGCAAGUACCAAAGUCAAUGGAAACGACUACAGGAUUAGAAGAGUUCAGAAGAGGGAGGAAGCGUAACAUAAUUAGAAUCAUAGCAAACAUUUAUUGAGCCCGAUGGGGUAGGUCUUAUGCCCAUUUUAUAAACAAGGACCCUGAGACUCAGAGUUUAAGUGAUCAGCCCAGAGUGCACCGCAAAUAAGUGUCAGAUUUAGGACUCUGAGUCCCUCCAUGGCCUCUCAGGGAGAGCACUGUGGGCUCUAUGCUGGGUGGCCUGGAGACAUUGACUAAGGUUUGUCCAGUGCUGCUUUGUGUUCAUAUAUUAUCUCAUUGAGCCUCUGUUUAUGCCAGGAGGUGUAGAGGAGGUCUUCCUCUUACCAUGGAAGCUACUGAGGUCUUCUGACUCCAAAUCCCAAGUCCUGUCCACCAUCCGUGCCACCUCCACAUUUCUGUAGUGGGAGAACACAGGCUCUGCGAUCAGACAGAAGGGGGUUAGAAGGGGGUUCUAACCCCCUUCCUCCAUUUUGUGUCUCUAGGAUCUUAAGAUUUGCAGUUUGAGGCAAUUGCAGGUGAAGAACAUGCCCUUUGGGAGGCAGGCAUACUCUAAGGGGUGAAUGACAUAAGGGAGGCAUAAUAAUGCCAAAGUUCCUAUAGUGCUUUUUUCAAUGAACUUUCAAGUCUUUGGUUUACAUAUGCAGAAAGUGAUGUGCCCCCAGAGGUAAAGUGACUUACCCAAGACCACACAGUGAGUUAAUAAACAGCAACACUGGGAUUAGAACUCGGGUCUCUUGUCACCUAAGAGAGUUUACUUCUUCCCUAUACAAUACUGCUCCCCCACAGGGGUACGGGGGUGCUGGAGGAAGGCCUAGGGUUGGGAUCAUAGCACUCUGGAGCUGGAGAGAGAGCCUUAGAGAUCCUCUGGUCCAUCCUCCACACUUGACAGAUGAGAAGAGUGAGGCCAGGGUGAUUAACUGACAUGUCCAGAGCCAGACAUGUCUCUGUCACCACAGAGCGGUGGUGACUAAGGUCCCAGGUCCUUUUCAUACUAUCUUGCAAAACUGGAUUCCAAAUUGCUUUUUUUCUAUGCAAAUCUAAACCUCACUCCAAAUGCCAGCAGUUUACAAUUAGAACAGCUGUUUAGUUUGGGGAGUUUUUUUCCCAAAUAGAAUCUCAUUCUCAUUUUCUCUCUCUCUCUCAAUUCUUAUUAAGGAUGAUAUACUAGAAGGGGGAGCAGGGGGAAGUUCAGUGGAAGACCUUGAUAGAAAAAAGGUAAAAAUUUGAUAGAUUCUCUGAAGUCUAGGGAGGUCCUCAAAGCCAGGAAAUAAUUUAGAGGCCAGCCCCCAGACUAUCCCAGCCAGCUCACCGCUGGUCCCGCCCAACUCACAAUAGGUCUUCAGAAGACCCAGCCUUCCCUUGGCAGCUGCAUCUGGUGAACACCAACGGAAAUCCCUGGUAUUUUUCUUUGCAUGCGACCAACCGUGGAGAUGUAGGUCAGGCGUUGCUGGCCUGGCAGUUACAACAGCUCUAUCUCUACCCCUGCACCUGCAGCCAUGUUUGCUAAGCCCUGUGGGGAUGGGAAAAGAAUGUUCCCCUCCAAACAGGGAUCAAAUCCUCAAGGGCCUAUGUAGGCGGAGCUGACUGGAAUUAGGAGGGUGCUGGAAGAGACCAUCUGGAAUGUGGGGACUAGGAGGGUGUCUCUGUCUCUUUCCCCCUUAAUGUCUAAUGCCUGCUGUGGUUAGUAGUAGCAGGGUUGGUGGUCCUCUGCUCAGCACAACUUAGCAUCAUCAUCACUGAUGGAGGAGACUGGGAAGGUCUCAGCUUCACGCUGGGCUCAGCUGGGCCCCUAGGCCUGCACCUGAACCCCCAUGCCUGUCUGGUGUUUACGGGAUUGAAGCUGCCACCCUUUGGGACCUAGCCUGUUUUCAUUUCUGCUCUCAGCUGUCUGGUGUCCGCAGACCUCACCUACAGGUUUAUGCAUGCCCGUCCCCCACGAUGCAGCCCCACAAGGGUCCUUCUGCCUGGCAUACUCCACUUUGGCCUUUGUUCUCUUCAGCAGAGCUGCCAGUUCUGUGCCUGGCCAAGGGGAGAGCUUUCUUGUCCCCUCAGAUAGGCUCUGUUGGUCCAUCCUAGCUGUACCCGUCCCAAGAUUCAAUCUCUCUGCCUGCACUCUGGGGGGCGGGGCUGUGGUUCCAAGGCAGGGAAGGGGCACCUGUGUGGCUGCUCUGGACUGGCCUCUAAUGGGCUGGCUUAUUUUGUCCUGAGCUUUCUCCUGCCCUAGACUUCAUGUAUCUCCUUUGUAAAGAUGUGGGACCAAGAUCAGUACCUGUACCAUUGAUCUUUAAGGUAACUUAUAGUUGAUAUGCAGAUAAACAUUUAAGAUUUUUAGUAGUGUUUUUAUUUUAUGUUGAUUUCCGUCUGUGGCAAAUGAUACUGGUUUUCUGUUUAUAGUAGUAUUCAUAAUAAUAUAAGUUGCCUUUUCAUUUCAUUUAUUCAUUUAGCACAUACUUACUGAGUGUCUGCUCUGUGCCAAUCACCGUUCUAGCUACUGGGGAUAUCUGCCUUCAUGGAGUUUACAUUCUAAAAAGACAGGGAGGGCUUCCCUGGUGGCACAGUGGUUGGGAGUCCGCCUGCCGAUGCAGGGGACGCGGGUUCGUGCCCCAGUCGGGGGGGAUCCCACAUGCCGCGGAGUGGCUGGGCCCGUGGGCCGUGGCCGCUGGUUCUGCGCGUCCGGAGCCUGUGCUCCACAAUGGGAGAGGCCACGACAGUGAGAGGCCCGCGUACCACACACAAAAAAAAGACUGGGAAUGAUGGUGGGGGUGGAGGGUGGCUAGGUAUCUGUUGGUAUUUGUUUGUUUUAAUAAAGAGUGAUUGGGAAAGGCUUCUCUGAGGAGGAGCCAUGGGAUGAGAGAUCUGCAUGACCUGAAGGAGUAAACCAUGUAACAGUCUGUGGUAAGGACAUUGUAGACAGAGGGUACAGGUACAGAGACCCCAAGGUGAGAAGGGUGUUUUUGGCAUGUUUGAGGAAGAGGAGAGGAGACCAGGGUGGCUAGAACAGAGUGGCAGAGGAGAGAGUGGUAGAAGACAGAGGUUUGUGUGAGCCGUGGUGAGACACUGUGGCUCUUCCUCUGGGUGAGAUGGGAAGGCGGGGGGAGUGGUUUGACCAGACAGGCUCGGGUCCAACUGCUUUUAUUUAUUUUUAUUUAUUUAUUUAUUUAUUUUUAAAUUAUUUAUUUAUUUUUGGCUGCGUUGGGUCUUUGUUGCUGCGCGCGGAUUUUCUCUAGUUGCAGUGAGCAGGGGCUACUCUUCCUUGCGGUGCAUAGGCUUCUCAUUGUGGUGGCUUCUCUUGUUGUGGAGCGCAGGCUCUGGGCACGUGGGCUUCAGUAGUUGUGGUACGUGGGCUCAGUAGUUGUGGCUUGCAGGCUCUAGAGCACAGGCUCAGUAGUUGUGGUGCACGGGCUUAGUUGCUCUGCGGCCUGUGGGAUCUUCCCAGACCAGGGCUCGAACCCGUGUCCCCUGCAUUGGCUUAUGUAUUCUUAACCACUGUGCCACCAGGGAAGCCCUAAUUUUUUUUUAAUUUUUAUUUUUUGGCCACGCUGUGUGGCACGCGGGAUCCUAGUUCCCCAACCAGGGAUUGAACCUGUGCCCCCUCCACUGGGAGCAUGGAAUCUUAACCACCGGACCACCGGGGGAAGUCCCCCGACUGCUUUUAGAAGGACCCUUCUGGCUGCUGUGUGAGGGACCAGAGAGGGAAGUAAGAAGCUGGGAGAUCAGUAAGGAGGUUGUUAUAACAAUACAGGCAGAAGAUAAUGUUGGCUUGGACAGUGGAGGUGGUGAGAAGUGGUGGGAUUUUGGAUAAAUUCUGAGUAUGUAUCCAGCGGAAUUUGCUGACAGAUCAGAGCUAGAGAGGACUUAAGGAUCUUGACUCUAAGGUGUUCCAGGCUUCAGUACCUGGACGGAUGAAGCUGCUACCAUUCAGUAAAAGGGGGAAAGAUGCAGAAAGAACAAGUUGGGGGAUGGGUUAAAAAUUUUCAAUACAUUUAAGUGUUUAAAAAGUGAGUCAGUUGAUAGAAAAAUGUUAAUAAUAAUCAUGACACAUGGAUAAGGCCAAAACAGUGACAGCUAAAAUUGUGGAUAGAGUGGGCCAGAUGUGUCUGUGCUUCCUUCCAGUUCUAAAAUUCUGCUUUGGUGAUUUCAGACCUCUAAGUCUCCCACUCAUGAAGAAUGGGAACUUGACACUCAGCCUAGAAUGUAAUGGAUGCAGAAGGAAUGCCAGGAGAGGAAUCCCUUAGGCUAGGCUUACCUGUUGUUAAUUUGGAAGGACUUGGAAAGUUCUUGCACACAUCCUGGCCUCCUAGCAUUGCCUCAUUCACUCACUCACUGAGCACUUUCUGCCUAGCAGGCCCUGGACACACAUAGGACAGCUCUAAUGCCCCUUCCCUCCCCAUAGAAAUCAAGCUAUCCCCACCCCUACCCUGGGCCUGGCUACUCCAUGAUCCUGCACAUGGCUGGAGGUCAGGUGAGCAAAUGGCUUUGAUAGCAGAAAUGGUUUUGUCUCUUUCUUCAUGUCACAGGGUUCCCAUAGUUACCAAGCUGGAAAAAAAUCCCCUGCCUUUUGUAGAUGAGAAACAAGGCCAGAGAAGAAAGCAACUCCCAUAGUCCACAUCCAUUCCAUUAGCAAAUCCUUUCAGCUCUACUUUUUAAAAAAUUUUAUUUACUUAUUUAAUUUUGGCUGUGUUGGGUCUUUGUUGCUGCACGCAGGCUUUCUCUAGUUGUGGUGAGCGGGGGCUACUCUUCGUUGUGUUGCGCAGGCUUCUCAUUGAGGUGGCUUCUCUUGUUGCGGAGCAUGGGCUCUAGGCGUGUGGGCUUCAGUAGUUGUGGCUCACGGGCUCUAGAGCACAGGCUCAGUAGUUGUGGCGCACGGACUUAGUUGCUCCGCAGCAUGUGGGAUCUUGCCGGACCAGGGCUCCAACCUGUGUCCCCUGCAUUGGCAGGUGGAUUCUUAACCACUGUGCCACCAGGGAAGUCCUCAGCUCUACUUUAAAAAUAAAUUCUGAAUCUGACUGCUUCUCUCCAGCUUCCCUGGCACCAU